AUGUCAGAAAUAGUUCAGGCACUUGUCAUUGAUAUUGGAUCUGGAGUAGUGAAGUCUGGUUUUGCAGGUGACGAUGCGCCAAGGGCUGUGUUUCCUAGUAUAGUAGGGUCUCCUAAGCACAAAGGAGUGAUGGUUGGAAUGGGGCAGAAGGAUGCCUAUGUAGGAGACGAGGCACAAACGAAGAGAGGGAUUCUUCAUAUCAAGUACCCUAUUGAACACGGAAUUGUAAACAACUGGGACGACAUGGAGAAGAUAUGGCACCACACGUUUUACAAUGAGCUAAGGGUUGCACCUGAAGAGCACCCUGUUCUUCUUACUGAAGCACCACUUAACCCAAAGGCCAACAGGGAGAAAAUAACUCAGAUUAUGUUUGAGACUUUCAAUGUACCAUCAUUUUAUAUUUCUAUCCAAGCUGUUUUGUCUCUCUAUGCGAGUGGAAGGACAACGGGGAUAGUGUUUGACUCUGGAGAUGGUGUGUCUCACGUUGUGCCUAUUUAUGAGGGUUAUUCUCUCCCAUAUGCAAUCAACAGAAUUGAUCUUGCUGGAAGGGACCUGACCGAUUACCUACAGCUCAUCCUUACUGAAAGUGGAAACUCAUUUACAACGACUGCUGAGAGAGAGAUAGUCAGAGAUAUCAAAGAGAAGCUUUGUUAUGUAUCUCUGAACUAUGAGGAGGAUAUGAGGAACACAGAGCAUUUGGCUUCGAUCACAAAGACCUACGAGAUGCCUGAUGGGCAGGUGAUUUCCAUAGGUAAUGAAAGAUUCCGAGCGCCUGAGCUGUUGUUCCAGCCCAAGCUCAGAGGCCUCGAAUUGAAGGGAGUCCAUCAGAACAUCUAUGAUUCUAUUAUGAAAUGUGAUGUUGAUAUCAGAAAGGAGCUUUAUGGGAACAUUGUUCUUUCUGGGGGUACUACGAUGUAUCCUGGGCUUGCUGAGAGGAUUCUUAAUGAAAUCAAAGCUCUUGCACCCCCAGUGAUCAAGAUUGGAGUAGUUGCACCUCCCGAGAGGAAAUACAGUGUAUGGAUUGGGGGAUCUAUUCUGGCAUCCCUGUCUACUUUCCAACAGAUGUGGGUUUCCAAGGCUGAAUAUCAAGAGCACGGGCCAUCUAUUGUCCACAGGAAGUGCUUCUGA